AUGGCACCAGUGGACAGCGCGGAGGGCGUGGCCGGCGGCGGGGGCGGGGGCGGGCUCAAGAUGGCGCGCAGCAUCCGCCCCCUCGAUUUGGUCCGCGGCGAGUUCCAGCCGCGCCUUCCGACUUUGCUGCCGCCCCCAGGGCAGCAGCAGCAGCCGUCGCCGCUACCACGCCGACAGCCCGUCCCGUUGAUGCCUCCCGCGCAGCUUCAUGCGGGAGCGCCCCGGGUGGUCGCUCCGGCGCCUGCGGUCCCUCUUCAGUCGCCACCGCCUUCGGAGCUGAUGGACGUCGACCCCUCAGCCGGGCCGCCUUCCCAAGCGGUGGCUGUGCAGCCUGUACUGCAGCCGCUUUCCUUGGGCACCCCCAAGGAGUCUGACACCGCAGCGCCUUGUCCGGCGCCCACUCAGCAGCCGUCGACGCAGCGUCAGGAGACGCUGCCUCUCUUCGUGGGUCCCGACGCCCCGUCGCGUCCAGUACCAGAAGCUGCGCCCGUGGUCAUAGGCGUGCACCCUGACCUCGGUUUUCAAGUCCACAUCGUUAAUGCCGAGAGCUACAAAGUGUGGCGAGAGGCGGUCCGGCAGAGGCCUCCGCCUGAAGAAGCGAGCGCCGGCCUGCGACGUAACGAGGGCCGCGCAGGCAGCGAGGCAGCCGCCGCUGGCUGGCUGGAUGGCUGGAUGGCUGGCUGGCGGCCGUCUCUUGCACAUGACGUCGGGGCGCGGCGCUACGGCGCUACGGCGCUCGUUAACGCCCGUGUAUCCCCGUGA